CGCAAACGAGUAGCGGAAGUGGAAGAUGCUGGUCGUUCAUCUUCGAAAUGCGGUCUACAGUUAUUUUAUAUACAUCAAUGGGCACAACAAGGGAAUAAAAUCACAUCACAUUGAGCAGAAGAACAACUUAAAGCUAUCGAAUUUCAUAACGUUUUAAUAAAAAAAUAAAUAAAAUCUCAAAAUGUCUAAACUGGAGUUGUUCAACGCGUAUCUCAGUGAACGGCUGACUGCGGCGGCGAGGGAGAUAACAUCGGCAGUAGAGAGAACGAUAACAGACUAUCAGGACGAAAUCUCCCGUUACAAGGAGGACAACGAACGGUUACGACUGAUGCUGGAUUUCAAACCACAUUUACACUUAGAACCCCAACAGCUCACCUUCACAGUCUCUAAAGAGGAGGUUCCCCCUGAGCAGCAGCACUGUGAACAAGAGUGUCCCCGUAUGGGGCAGCAGGUCCCAGAGCCCACACAGAUUAAAGAUGAACAGGAGGAAGAGCUGCUUCAAGAGUCUGAUACCAAAGACUUCAUUACUGUCUGUGUUGUGAGUGACUGUGAGGGCGUGAACACACGUCAUGCAUCCCACACUGUGGGGAGUAGAGACGGAGGUUCGCCAUUCAAUAACACAACUGGAGGGAUACAGACAGAGCCCGGUGAUGAAGACUAUAUAGACUACAUAGUAUCAGAACCAUCCAGUCCUGCAGCUCAGAGUGAAAACAGUGGGAGGGACACCGAUGGCGAGAGCAUGGAGCUACCGCCGGGGUCAAAGCCACGGAAAUCACAAAGAAAACAGGCGAAGAAAGGAACAAGCGUUGUUGAAGAUGCUUCUCCUUAUUGCUGCAAGCUGUGUGGGAGGACUUUUGUUCGUAUGGGUUUUUUAGUUAACCAUGUGCAAAGAACACACACAAAGCAUGCUGAACAAUACCGUUGUGGUGUGUGUGAAGGAGUCUUGGACUCAAAAGAAAAUCUGACAGUCCACGUGCAAACCCACACUAAAGAGAGAACUACUCCUCACUCUCAAACCCACACUAAAGAGAGAACUACUCCUCACUCUCAAACCCACACUGAAUCAAAAGCUUGGCACAAUGCUCACCCUCAAACCCUCACUGAACCAAAACCUUGGCCCGGUGCUCACCCUCAAAUCUUCACUGACCCAAAACCUUGGCACAGUGCUCACCCUCAAACCCUCACUGAACCAAAACCUAGGCCCAGUGCUUACCCUCAAACCCUCACUGAACCAAAACCCAGGCCCAGUGCUCACCCUCAAACCCUCACUGAACCAAAACCUAGGCCUACUGCUCACCGGCAAACCCUCACUGAACCAAAACCUAGGCCUACUGCUCACCCUCAAACCCUCACUGAACCAAAACCUAGGCCUACUGCUCACCGGCAAACCUUCACUAAAGGGAUGCCCACUCCUCAACUUCAACCUGCAGCCAAACCUACUUGUCAUGUUUGUGGCAAGUGUUUCCCUUACAAUCAUAAUCUGAAACUACACAUGCGCACUCACACAGGCGAGAGACCGUUCAAAUGCAGAGAAUGUGGUAAAUGCUUCCGAUCUAAGGGAUAUAUGAAGGUGCACUUGAGGAUUCACACUGGAGAGAAACUAUUCCAAUGCAAAGAAUGUGACAAAGGCUUCCCUACCAAGCAAUACCUGACCAAACACACGCUGUUCCACACAGGGGAGAAAUCCUACCAGUGUAAGGACUGUGGGAAAGGCUUCGACCAGAGGGAACACCUUGAACAGCACCAGUCAACUCACACGGAGGAGAAGCCAUAUGGUUGCAUAGAGUGUGGCAAAUGCUUUAAAGACACUUACCAUCUGGCCAGACAUAAGCUGGUUCACACAGGGGAGAGACCUUUCACGUGCACUGUGUGUGGACGGGGCUUCAGCACCCAAGGCAACCUGAAAGUUCACCAGCGGAUUCACACCGGAGAGAAACCCUAUCGCUGUAAACUGUGUGGGAGAUGCUUUACAGGUUUUGCUAGUCUUAAAUAUCACUUGAACACGAUUCACCAUUACGACGGUGGCCUUUAAAUGACGUGUCUGUCAGAAGGUGACGAACCAGAAGAACAUCAUUACACCAUUGUGGCUUUAUAGUGUCUUUUUGGUGGCAGAUGUAGAACAACCGUUAGGACAUAGAAUCUAUGAAGGAAUAUAUGGUAUACUCUAACACCUUGAUUAAGGUUCAACAAUAGAUGUGCAACUCAUCUGACACAACAGAUAUAUAUAUAUAUAUAUAUAUAUAUAUAUAUAUAUACGUACAUACUACCUUUUAAAAGUUUGGGGUCAUUUAGAAAUUCUCCAGUUUCUUGGC